UUCUUGUUGUCGGCGGAGGUGGAAAGAAGGCGAACUAGGAACCAUAGCCGCCUUUCCCUCAAAAAAAAAAAAAAAAAAAGAACCCUAGCCGCCUGUGGAAAGAACGCCCAGAUCGACCAGCAAGGCCGUCGACGAUGGCGUCGGUUCGGUGCGCCGCGAGGAGGCUGGGUGGCUCCGUGCUCCAGCGAACGCAGGCGGCGGCCGCGGAGGAGGGACGCCGGUUCGUGUCAAGCAGGUUCAUGCGCUCCCGCCAGCUCUCCGGCGAGGUCUCCAGCGAGCAUGCUGGCAAGUCCCCUGCCUUGGAAUUUGAGCUGGACAUGAAGAUGAAGAAGCUGGAAGCCUCGAUAGCUCGGUUAAAGAACACUCCAGGACCAGAUGCCUCUACGUUGCGCUUGAUGUCCAACGGACGUACGGUUCAGGGUGUAAUCGAUGCAGCUAACAAGUUGAUAUUUUUGUGUAUGAUUUCUACUGCUGUUUAUGGUCUCGAUUCAGACAAGGUGGUAGAAGGCGAGGCUAUUACCAAGGAAACCAGUGAAGACAAGAUCGAAAAAUGAGAACCAAAGAUGGCCAAUCUAGUUUUCAGUUCAAUUAUGACCUCUACAGUUUGGCUAGCUAACACUAUGCUAUCGUACCUUGUGAUAUUGUGUGACAUGGUAUCAUGUUAUUAUAUAUCUAUC